AUGGAUUCAGACAACGAGGCCGAUAUCCUGAUUCUCACGGCCGUCUUCGGUUUCGCGUCAACCCUCUUUAUGGUAUUGCGCCUUGCAAUACGCAAGAUUAAAAAAAGGCCGCUCGACAUCAGUGACUACCUGACGCUUAUUGCCAUCGCAUGUGUCCAAGCCCGGACUGCAUUGACGACCGUCGUCGUCCUUUGGGGCAACAAUAACGACUACCUGUUUGACGAACACCCAGACCCGACCGAAAUAUACCACCUUGUAGUUGGGAGCAAGCUUACACUGGCCAAUAGAUUUAUAUACAACACAUACCUAUGGAUACAGAAGGCAGUCGUCCUCCUUUUCUACAGGCGAAUAUUCUCAGUAUUGCCUGCCGCGGCGCGGAUAAUUGCCAUAUACUGGAUCGUUCUCUGUGCCACGUAUCUUGCCGCUCAGGCUGCCUGUGUCCUGGACUGUGUUCCGUUGCGCCUCUAUUGGCAGGUUGUGCCAAACCCUGGUAAGCCCUCUGCUUCCACGCUCUGCAAGCUGGGCUCUGGAUUGUAUCCUGUCUAA